AUGGCCACCCCGACGGCCGCGCCCGCCACCCGCUUGCGGCGGCUCAGCCGCGACGCGGCCAGGGCCAGCAAAUCCUCUUCACUUUUGGGCGCAAUGGCGGCGGAGGCCCGGGACUCUCCGCGGGCCCAGGAAACAGUGGCCGGGCUCGGGCCUGAGUCUGGGUCACCUCGACAGCUGCGCCCGACCCCCCUACCCUUGGGGGCUCCCGCCGCAGCGGCGCCGUUCCCCAACCCGCCCGUCAAGGCGGAGGUCCCCCGCCCUGCCAACUCCCCUGGCCCGCUGCGGUCUCGCCUCAGCGGCUGCCACCCUCCGUUGCCCCUGGAGCCGCCGGGGAGGUCGCUGUCGGAGCCAGCCAUGCGGCGGCUUCUCUCCGGCCGCUCCCGCGGGGCCAAGGCUUCUGCGGCGGCUGUCACGGAGCCGACAGGCCCGGCCGGCUGCGAAGGGGCUGGUGGCGCCGCGGCGCUGCAGGAGGCGCGCUGGGCCGGGGCGGGGCGGCAGCGGCCGGAGGCGCGGGAGAGCGCAGUGCAGAGGGGCCCGGAGGGACUCGGGGAGGGUCCCGGGCUGCAGACGCCUAGCUUCCGUGACACGGUCGACGCUGAAAGGCGAAAGUCCCCUGGGAUGGAAGUGGGCGCUGAGUGCGGGGGACAUUUUGGUCCCGCGGUCAAGGUCAAGGGCUGCUGCGUCGCGGUCUGCGGCCGCUGCCGAUCUGGUGGCUCCUGGCUGGGGAUCCUGACCUCCACAGCAGCUACUUCCAGGAAUGGAAGAAGUUCUGUGAAACUCUUCACAGCUUUCAGGAUGAGAAGCAUCAACUGGCUUACCAGGCAUCAGCGCCUCCGCAAGGGACCCCGAUCAGCCAGCCGCCUGUCAGGCAAGUGCCUCCCACACGCAGGACUGCAGACGUGUGCCGGUUCUGGGCGGGUGCUGGAGCACGGGAAUCUAUGGAGAUAAGGGAUCAGCAGCCCUGGGAGCCGACAGCUGGGGCUCGGAAGUCCUGCACCGAGUCGAAGGGUCCGAGCAGUGCGUCUGGCGAACCCGGACCUGGGCAGAGAACCCUCAGCUCGCGGCCUCCCGGCAUCCCCCCAAAGUUUAUUCCGGGUCUGGCCGGCGCAUCCUCGCCAUCGGCCUGCCGCGGCGUGCACUCCCUGGAAGUUCUGCGUUUCCCGCAGUCAGUGGCUUUGAAAAGAGGCUUCUAGAGCAAAGCGUGGAUCUGAAGGUGGCGAAAGAGAAAGGGGCAUGGGGUCUUCAGGGCGGCGUUGCGAACAGCUCAACAGAAGGUGACCCAAGAAAGCCCCGAACCGGGACGUGGCGCAAGAGCUACCACGGGUCGCCGCCCCGGCGCUCACCUUCGGCCGCCUCCGGGCGAGUUUCGUCUCUUUCCGUCAGUUGCAGCGCGGCCCUCCGCGCCGCGCCCCGAGCCCGCCCCGCGCAGCCCCACUUGGGGCCUCCGGCCUUCCAGGACCCGCCUUCCUUCUUCCAGACCCAAGUAAUUCCGCACUCUGGCCGACGCCCGGGCUCCCGCGACAGCGCAGGGGCUCCCACGGUGUAGGCGCGCGGGAGCCUGAGAGGGGCCCGAACGCCCCGCGGCAGCCCGCCUCCCGGCCGCGCAGCGCCUCCCCUCCGCGCGGAGGUGUCCGGGGCGCGGGCAG